AUCCUGGCCUACAUUGACGGGAAGGAGAAGGUGGAGGAGACGGAGCUGAAGCCCCGCGUGGGCUUCCUGUACCCCAUCGUCACCCACAACAUCUCGGUGGUCAUCAACGCCACCCGAGAGAGCGACUCGGGGCAGUACAUGUGCACCGUCAACGUCGUGGACGAUGCCUCCAGCACGGGCAAGAACGUCGGCGUCAUCAACCUCACUGUCCUGGUGCCACCGGCCACCCCCAAGUGCCACCUGCACGGGACCCCUGUGGUGGGGGCCAACGUCACCCUGAGCUGCGCCUCCAAGAAGGGGAAGCCAUCGCCCGCCUACCAGUGGCAACGGACAGCCCCCACCCUCCAGGUCUUCUUCCCGCCCACCCAGGACCAGGUGAAGGGCACCCUGAAGUUGACCAACCUCUCCCUGGACAUGGCGGGUCUCUACGUCUGCAUGGCCGAAAACCGUGCGGGUUCAGCCGAGUGCAGCAUCGUCCUGGAGGUGCAGUCAAGUGACACCAAAGCCGUCAUUGCUGGCGCCGUGUUGGGCUCCCUGGGCGCCCUUGCCAUCGUCCUCUUCUUUGCCCGACGGGUCAUGGGCUACCGGAGGAAGAAACGGGACAGCCAGGAGGAUGCAGCCAAUGAGAUCAAGGAAGACGCCGUAGCCCCCAAAACGCCGACGUGGGCCAGGAGCGUGGCUUCGGACACCCUCUCCAAAACCAGCACCUUGUCCUCCAUCGCCG